AUGGCCGUCGUCGAGAAUGGUACCCCGGCUGUCGCCGAUGAGAACUCUGCACCUGUCGAGAAGGUUGAGUCCGGAGAGCCGGUCACCGUCUUCCACAACGCCGAGGACUUCAACGUGAAGCACCCUCUGAUGCACGAAUGGACCCUCUGGUUCACCAAGCCCCCUAGCGGAAAGGGCGAUAACUGGAACGACCUCCUCAAGGAAGUGGUCACUUUCAGCUCCGUCGAAGAAUUUUGGGGCAUCUACAACAACAUCACUCCUACCUCCGAACUCGGUCUCAAGGCCGACUACCAUCUUUUCAAGAAGGGCGACAAGCGAUCGGUCCCCAUCGACGAAUUGUGGCUGCACGCACAGCUGUCCGCGAUCGGCGAGACCCUCGAGAGCGACGCCGACAACGAAGUCAUGGGAGUGGUUGUGAAUGUGCGCAAGGGAUUCUACCGAGUGGGUCUAUGGACACGCACCGUCGGCAAGAGCAUCCAAGGCGAUAAGAACACCCGCACACCCGCGCAGGGCAAGGAGAUCCUCGAGGCGAUCGGACAGCGAUUCAAGGACGUCCUCCGACUGAAGGAGGCCGACGUGGUGGAAUUCUCUGGUCACACCGACAGCGCACACAGCGGCAGCACGCGCGCCAAGGCCAAGUACACCGUCUAA